CAGACGGAGAGCGCAGAAGCAGCAGAGGCUGCAGCAUAUGAACUCCACAAGAGUCUCCACUGGAACACAGUGAUAUAGAUUCAAGCACUGUUCGCACUUUUAACAACUUUCGGGAGCAAAUGAUCAUGUCAGAAUCUGUACGGAGGAUGUUGAGGGCGAAGCUUGUGGUGCUGGGAAGAGAUAACUGUGGGAAGACAGCUCUGUGUGUCAGAUUCAUCACCAGACGUUUCAUUGGAGAGUAUGAACAUAAAAGGGAGGUCACCUACAGGUGUCAGAAAAUCGUGGACAAGGAGGCGAUUGAACUGGAGAUUUUAGACACAGUUAAUAAGGAAUGUGCAGGACCUGCUGCGUCGUCUCUGGAGAGUUCCAUUAAAUGGGGUGAUGGGUUUCUCAUUAUGUACUCUGUGACGGAUCGCAGCAGUUUUGAGGCUGUGUCGCGCCUGAAGAGACUGAUUGACCACAUUAAACAAACGCUUGGUAUUCCAACAGUCAUCAUUGCCAACAAAUGCGACGUGGAGAAUGGCCGAGUGGUGAGGACAGAUGAGGGACAGGCAUUAGCAUCAGACCUGAGGUGCAGUUUCUUUGAGCUGUCUGUAGCAGAGGACGCUUCAGCAGUGGAGGCCGCGUUCGGGCAGCUGGUGCGUGAAGUGCGUCAGGAGUUUCUGCGCCACCUGCUGGCUAUGGACAAGCGCUCACGAAUGCUGCAGAUGAGACAUGCACUCAAAAACAAACUCACACGGAGUAAAACCAUGCAGUGGUGAUGACCAGAAAGACUAAACGCAGUUCAGACAUGACAACCAUAGUGCUGUAUCCUGUAACCUUUUAGAGAACAAGUGCCUUUUGGAUUUCCAAAUACUGUCAUGGACAUUGUCACCUGUGUCCAGCAAAAAGUAGUGUGUUUUUUAAAGGUGCAGUGUGCAAUUUAUGUGCCACUGGCAGGAACAAACUGAAUUGUGAAAAUAAUGAAUUAAAACACUACCUUCCAUUGUUUGGACAAACAGGUA